AUGGAGGCCUUGAAGGGACAAACCGCUUUCAUCACCGGAGCUUCUAUGGGCAUUGGCGAAGCUAUUGCGUUGGCUCUGGCUGAGCAUGGCAUAAACAUUGCUUUAGUAUCUCGAAGCAAGGAUAAACUUGAGGCAGUGCGAGACAAGAUCGCAUCCAAAUUCUCUCAGACCAAAGUCGGAGUCUACCCUGUCGAUAUUCAGAUCCAGCCCGAUAUAGAAAAGGCAGUGAAGUCCGCUAUAUCUGAGCUUGGUCCGAUUGACAUCUUGAUCAAUAAUGCUGGACUUGCACUGGGUGCCCCCGGACGAUUUUGGGAAAUCCCCAUCGAUCAAGUCGCUCAGAUGUCAAACACUAACAUCAACGGCGUCAUGUUCACCACCCACGCAGUCCUCAACCACUCAAUGUGGGAACGCAAGAAAGGAACCAUCAUAAACGUUUCUUCCGUCACAGGUCUGGAGUGUCCACCCUUCAACGGCGAAGCAGUUUAUCACGCAUCAAAAGCGUUUCUAGAGGGCUUCUCCAACAGCCUUCGCAUGGAAACUGCCGGAUCAGACAUUAGGGUCUUAGUUCUUCGCCCAGGUGUUGUCCAGACGCAUUUUCAUCUUCAACGGGUUCAGUACGAUCAGAGUGCUAUGGAUGACUUUGUUGAGGGGUAUGAGCCCCUGGUUGCAGAAGAUUUAGCGCAGUCGGUGUUGUACAUGUUGACCUUACCGCCUCGGAUUUCUAUCAAGGCUAUGGAUUGCGUGCCUACGGCGCAGAGGGCGCUGACAAACUUUGAUCGGGAGUGGAACUCACGUCGCAGAUAG